UGACAAGUAGUUCUAACCGCCCAAAGUGUCAGUAAACUCAAUUGUCAAACAUUCUACCCUUAAAAUACCAAUAUCUCACAUAAAAACCUUAAACAUGGUCGAUAAAGACGAAGAUAAAUCCUUAGAAAACAUUACAGAGCAAGAACGAGAAGCGGCGCAAAAUGCUUUCGCUGAAUUUAAAAAAAAAAACUAUUCAGCCUGUUUACAACAAAUUAACUCGUUGGACGGGAAAGCCAGUGACUUUAAGUUGAUGCACAACAAGGCUGUUGUUGAAUUUUACAAAAGCGACUGCAAGAAAUUUGAUGUUUUUCAAAAUAGCUUAAAUACGAUCAAUAAUAAGUUUCAAAUAAAAAUUGACAAAUUGGAUGAUGUUGACCACUGCAUAGCCCACUUUAACCAGGCAAUAUUAUUAUUUCAUCAGAGACAAUAUUCGGCAUCACAAAGAAUCAUGGACAGAGUUUAUAAGUUUAUAGAACCCAUGGAAGAUACAUUAGCUAAACAAGUUAGUUUGCUGGCUAUUGAGCUACAACUCUGCAUGAGACAACCUGAUAAGGCUUUAACUUUACUGACUUAUAUUGAAAAUAAUUUGAUGCCUGAAAGUCCUACAAUUGUUAAAGGGAGUGAAAAGAAAACCAAGGAUAAGGAUAAAAAGAUUGAUCCACUAUUGGAAGAAUUAAAGAAAAAAAUAUUAAGAUAUAAAAUCAGAUGUCACUUAAUGAAUCAUUCAAUGGGUGUCUCCCUGAAUGAACUACAAAUAUUAUCUAAAAACAAGCCGAAUAUUGAUUAUUUCUUUAUGACCGCGAAUUUGGAGUAUUUAAAAGGAAAUGUACAAGAAAGCUUGAAAAUAUUGAAAAAUAUUGACCAGAAUUCUUUGAGUUAUAGUGAUUGUGGAGAAUCCGCUAUAAUAAUGAUAAAUAACAACACAGGCGUGAUAAUGCACUCAAUGGGCAAACCAAAUUUAGCGUGCCAUUAUUUUCAAGAAGCCCUCAAAAAAGAUAUCGAAAUCAACUCAAAUACCAAAAAAGAAACAAACGAUAAAGCCCUGCACACACUGGGCGGCUCAAAAUACCACGAAAUAAUGUACAAUUUAGGAAUUUCAAUGCUGUAUGCUGGUAAGGCAGCGCAAGCCUUUGAAUGUCUUAUAAUAGCUGUACAAAGGUACCACAGAAAUUCUAGGUUAUGGAUGAGACUCGCAGAAUGUUGUAUAAUGGUUCACAAAAGUAGCAAUGAAAUCGACUUUGAUCUACAAAAAAAACAAAAGGACUUGAUAGUUGAUGUGAUAGGUUCAAAGGAAAAACAAAAGAUUGUCAUUAACAGUAACCUGUCAAAUGACAAAAAAUACAGCUCUGAAAGUCAGUCAUAUGCAGUACCGGUGCCCUCUCUAGAAUUUGCGUUGUUAUGCCUGCGCAACGCGUUCCUGCUCAUACCGUCAGAUACCGCCACUAGCCCUGCCCCUCUUUUUCUUAUCCCUGGAGUUUCCCCCCCUGCCCCUUUACCGAACCCCGGCCCUGCUCCUUCAAACCCUCUGUCAUCUGACAGUAUACAGUCUUUAAAAAAUCACAUCCUAGUGAGCAGUGCGUACGUUUCCCUUUGUUUGGGGGAUUAUAUUUUGUCACUAGAAUAUGCUAGUAAUUUGUUGGAACAACCUAAGAUGUCCGGAGUACACAGAUUACUAGCCCAUCUCUACGCCGCUGAAUCCCUUAUACUACUGGAUAAAAUAGGCGACGCCUUAGACCAUCUAAAUCCUGAAAAUGUCAAGGAACUGUCAUUUAAUUUCCCCACCGAUUCCAAGAAUGCAGUAAAAACAGGCCCCACACCAAACUGGUUUCCAAAUACUUUAGAAAGCGCUCAUUCCGUACUACAAUACAACAUUGCAGUAGCAAAAACAAUCAGAGGCCAACUAGAUCAAGCAUCUGCGCUGUUAAAGCAAAUAUGGCAACAGCGCAGCACCACCUGUAGAGUACCGGCGCACAUUAUUAUGUUGGUUAUUUACAUUGAACUGAAAUUAGGACACGCUGAUAUAGCAAGAAAUUUGAUCAAACAACAUUGUUUUCAACAUAGGAUAAGUGGAUAAUAAAUUUUACAA